UCGGAGCCGUGAGGUCACAAUGCCCCGUCCAAUGGCUGUGCGGUGCUGUGCCGUGAGCUCACAAGGCCUGGCUGCGACGCUGUCCUGUGCCGCAGGCUUUGCUCUGUGCGACGCUCACUGUGGCUGCAGCGGUGGUGUUGGAAGCAUGGUGCGAGUGUGGGGAGCCAUGGCCCCUGCCCGCUUUGUCCUCUUCCUCCUACUGAUGGCCAUGUGUUUCCGGGAGACCUGUGCUGCUCCGUGGCGAGCACCGGGAGCAGGAGAUGAACUUGGUGCUCCCUUUCCGGAUGAUCGUUUGGAUCCGGAUUUUGUGCCUGUGCCUCUGGGACAACCCAGAGGCCCUGCUGGUGAAUCAGCAGAACAGAAUCCUGCCUCUGAGCCUGAAGGGGAUGCUGGAGAUGUGACUGGAGGAGGUGAUCCAGGUUCCGCUCUGAGCUCUGGGACUGAAACUCCGGCAGAUCGCAUGGGAGUGCCCCCAGGGAGGGCUUUGCCCGGUCAUGUGUUUCCUCCUGCGCUGGAGCCCAGCUGGAAUCCCAGCGGUCCGGAAAAAGGAAAGGAUGAAUCCCAAAAGAGGAGAAUACUCCCAGGGCUCAUCCCGUCUCCUCAAGGAACUGGUGAAGGAAAUGGAGAAGGCAGCGCGUGGAACUGACCAACAAAGUGAGCAGGAUGCACUGCAGGAAAGGCAGCCAUCCCACACUGCCAGUCUCGGGCAAAGGAACGCAGGCAGCGCCAACAACUGUCAUGCCAGGGAUGAAUGCCGGGACGAGCACAAAGGCUGCUGUUGGCAGAUCUGCGCGAAGGCGCCACAUCGCAGCGAUGGUACUGUUCUCAGCUGUGCUGCUGUCUGCGCUGGUGCUGGCCUGUGGUGCUGUGAUAUGGAUGUGCCAAAAAUACGUAGUGUGCAAGAGAGAAGAGAGAGCAGCAGAGCAGGCUCAUCCUGAUACCAACUAGGAGAGAGUUCCAACUGGAGACGAGGGCAGAACGGAGCUGGGAGAGGCAGCCGAAGAGACUCUUGCCCCAUCAAAGAAGAAUCUCAGCCAUCGUCCCAGUGCAUUCCAUUCUGCCAUCCAAGAGGCCAAAGGUCUUCAAAGUCAUCUGGAAGACUUGGAGCUUGAACUCAAAGCCGUGAAAGAGGUCCACGGGAACAGUCCUGAGUGCUGCUUUCUGUCAGGGGACGGCCCUGAAAGUGAGAGCGGAGAACCAGCAGCAGAGCUUUUGUCCUUCACCCUGCAUUCUCUGGGACAAGCAUCAGCAACAUUUCAAAGAUUCUUAGCUCGGCACAGCUACAAUCCUGUUGAGGGUCCUAAUGAGGAGCCAGAAAGCGAGCUUCCUCUGACCGCUGGACAACACCUUAACGUCUUUGGAGCUGUGGAUGAGAAUGUGCUGGUUUCAGGGAGAGCUGACAGAUGGCACAAGAGGACUGGUCCCAUCCAGUUUGGUUGCGGAGGUUUCAGAUGAUGAACUGGAUACAACGAUGCCUCCGGAGCUCUGUGCUCUCCUGCUGGAUACUUGAUGAAUAAGUGGAUGCAGAGAUUCCAUCAUGCAGCAACAUCCUGUCAAAAUUCCUGCGUUACUCCAUCUGCAAGACUACCCCCUGCUCCACUUGAUGUUCAGGUGGAGUGUGUGCAGGACGUGGAUGAGCUCCUUUGGGAACACUCUGAGGUGACUGACAGUGUAACUGCAUAGUCUUGUGGUAUAUUAAACAAACAAACAAACAAACACCACCCACAAUAAAACAACCAACCAACCAACCCAAAAAGCGCUGCUCUUUUUCUUGGAUACACUGAGGUGAUCCUUUUUCUAGCUGAGACUUUGCAAUGAGUCUUGAAGCAGAUUUGAGCCGGUAGAAGUUGGCAGUGUCUGCAUUCCGUUCUCCUGAUUUCCUUGCUGGUCAGAGUUAAGGUGCCAUGCAUCCAUUCCCCAGCCCUAGCUGUCUCCUGAAUCAUGAGAACAGCCUUUCCAUAUUGUGGAAAGAACUGGAGUGGAUUCACGCUGAAGGACAAGAUGCUUGCAGACACGUAAGCUCAAGAAGAGAAUGCAGAGUCCAUGGAAACUCGCUGCCAAACACCGAUGAGAAAGUAGAAUAGGCUCCUGUUGUUGAAGAUGGGACGGUGAAACAGAUGUCUCAGCUCAACACAACGCCAGUAGGAGCUGGUUCGGGCUACCCCCCCUUAAAAGGUCGGAAGUUCACAGCGAGGUAGACUACGAGCCUUCAUCCACUGACCGCCAGAGACCCCCACCACAUUUUUAGGACGCGUGCUCAAGAGGGUGGGACAAUACGUUAAUAGUUUCUCAGAAUUCCAGCCCAUUUUUGUGGAACGUAAUGAAUAUGUGGAUGUUAUGUCUGUAAGUAUGUAACCAGUGCUUUUCUCUGUGUGCGAGUUAGGAGGAGAUAUCCCCCCCCGCACCCGGCUGCCGUAAUGAGCGUACCUGCUUUGUAACCUUACGUGGGUUCCAGAGUUUGAUUCCACACGUCACUCCCUUCACUAUUAAGAGGACAAAGAACUUCUGGCACAGAAGGAUGCCCACCUGCAAGGCUCAAAUUGCACGCUGCUUCCUCCCUCUCUGCUCAGUAAAACUCUGUGUUGGGCUCAUUUGGAA